AUGUAUGAUUCCCCACAUAAAUAUAUAAAUAAUAAAAAUGGUACAUUUAAUUUUAAGCAAGAGGAAAUAUUAGAAAUCGAAUCAAAUUCAAUUAAUAUAUCAAAUGAAUUAAUACAACUUCAGAACCCAGAAUAUGGAAAGAUAUUGCGUGUAUUUCUAUGGAAUUCAAUUGGUGAUGGUAAAAAAGGUUAUUCAGAGUGCCGAAUGAUGAUCAACCAAGAAAAUACUAGGGAUACUCAAUUUGAUUUAUAUGUUACUCAAGAGCCAGCGUACACAAAAGAAGAGAAUUAUUUAAAAUGUUUUAAUUUAACUGAAGAGAAAUAUCAAAUAACAUAUCCACCAGAUAGUAAAGAUCAGGUAGCAAUUAUUUUUAAUAAACAAAAGCUAUCUAUAGAUGAAGAUGGGCACAAAAACUCUUAUAAACUAAUAGAAGAAAGUAGAAAAAAGGAAAACAAUCAAGGCAUUGAAUACACUACACAGUUCCCAAAAUAUGGCCAAAAAAGAAUUCAAAUUGUUCAUUUUAAAAUACAAAACGAAAUUGACGAUAUGGAAGCAGAUGGUUGUUUAAAAUUAUGUGUAAUCAAUAUUCACUCAGUUCACAAUAAUUAUACAAUCGAAAAAAAAAAGACUUUUAUAUUAGAAUUUUUCAAAUUUGUAAAUUGGUAUAUAAACAAUAAGCUUGCUAAUGAACCAAUCAAGCUAUUGAUUCUCGGUGAUUUUAAUCUGGAUUUAAUUAAUGAAGAUAUUGAUCAGUUGGUAUAUGAUGAAAUUGGUUUAAAUUUAGUCAUCUCAACUUCACCAAAAAUAGAUGCCCACUAUUCCGAAGAUGAUAUAUCAAAAACGAAUAUAGAUUUCUUUUGUACUGUUUAUAACAAAAACUAUGUAAAUAUUCACAAUGUUUCAAAAAUACCGCUAAGAUUUGAAAAUUACUAUAAAGAUUUUCAAAUGAUUCAAGAUUUUAUCAAAACUCAUCAACUCAAUGUAAAGAAAAUUUCUACUCAUGACCCUCAGUUUUGCUACUUGACUUUUAAUAGU